AUGGGGAGGCUGCGCUACUACUCGUCCUCUCAGUCCGUCCCCUCCCUCCGCCGCCGCCUCGAGCUCGUUCUGGCGGCCGCGCUGCUGGUCUGGUGCCAGGCGAGCCUGCGUGUGGCCACGGCGCAGCAGCCGCCGUCGCGUGUGCGCGUGGGCGUCAUCCUCGACCUGACGUCGCUGAUUGGGCAGCGGCGGAAGGUCGGCAUUGAGAUGGCGGUGGAGGACUACUACGCCGCUCGCCCGGGCUCCAGGACCAGGGUCGCGCUCAGCUUCCGGGACUCCGCCGGGGACGUCGUCGGCGCCGCUUCCGCCGCGGUGGACCUGAUCAAGAGCGAGCAGGUGCAGGCCAUCAUCGGCCCGCCGACGUCGGCGGAGGCCGAGUUCGUGGCCUACCUCGGCAACCGCACCCACGUGCCCGUGCUCUCCUCCUCCGCCACCUCCCCGGGUCUCUCCCCGUCGCAGACGCCCUUCUUCGUGCGCACCGGGGCCAACGACUCCUUCCAGGCCGCGCCCGUGGCCGCCGUCCUCGCCGCGUUCGGCUGGCACGCGGCGGCCGUCGUCUACGAGGACUCGCCCUACGGGUCCGGCAUCCUCCCGGCGCUCGCCGGCGCGCUGCAGGGCGUCGGCGCCAGGAUCACGGACCGCGCCGCCGUGCCGAGCGACGCGGGCGACGACCGCAUCGAUGCGAUGCUCUACGGAUUCAAGGCCAUGGCGACGCGCGUGUUCGUCGUGCACAUGAACCCGUUUCUGGCCGUGCGGUUCUUCCGCCGGGCGAGGGAGGCCGGCAUGAUGACGGAGGACUACGCGUGGGUCGCCACCGACGGCGUCGGCAGCGUCGUGGACGCGCUGAGCUCUGACGACGUCAGCGCCAUGGAGGGGGUCGUCAGCCUCCGGCCGUUCGUGCAGGUGACGGACCGAGUGAGAAACUUCUCCGCACGGUUCAGGGCGAGGCUCCGGCGGGAGUACCCGAGCGCCGACAUCUACCCGCAUGAUCCGACCGUCGUGAUGCUCUGGUCGUACGACACGGCGUGGGCGAUCGCGGUGGCAGCCGAGGAGGCCGGUGUCUCCAGCCCGGCAUUCCAGACACCGCCGCAGAGCGCGGCGGUCACAGACCUGGACCGGCUCGGCGUGUCGGCAACCGGAGCGACGCUCCUCAAGGCGGUGCGCGAGACGACCUUCCGCGGACUCGCCGGGAACUUCGCCCUCGUCGACGGGCAGCUGCAGCCUCCGGAGUACGAGUUCGUCAACAUCGUCGGGAAAAGCUCGAGGGCGGUGGGGUUCUGGACGCCGGAGGCUGGGAUCACACAGACUCUGGGCGCCGACGGCGCCAAGGGGCUGAAGAAAAUCCUUUGGCCAGGUGAUUCCAUAUCCUCCCCAAGAGGCUGGGUCGUGUCGCCGAACGGACGGCAGCUUCGCGUCGCCGUGCCGGUGAAGCAUGGGUUCAAGGAGUUCGUCGGCGUCCAAAGGGACUCGACCAACCGAACUGCAAACAUCACAGGAUACUGCAUCGAGGUGUUCGACGCGGUCAUCGGCAAGUACAUGCCGUAUCCAGUGAGCUACCAGUACGUGCCAUACGAUUAUAGCUCCGAGUCCUACGACAACCUCGUGUCCCUGGUGCCGGAACAGAGGGCGGACAUCGUCGUCGGUGACGUGACAAUCACGGCGAGCAGGAUGGGCAAGGUGGACUUCAGCAUGCCGUUCACGGACUCGGGGUGGUCGAUGGUGGUGGCGGUGCGCACGGAGACGAGCACGAGCAUGUGGAUCUUCCUGCAGCCGCUGACCACCAGCCUGUGGCUCGCCAGCCUCGCCUUCUUCUGCUUCACCGGCUUCGUGGUGUGGGCGAUCGAGCACCGGAUCAACCCCGAGUUCCGAGGCACGCCGUGGCAGCAGUUCGGCCUCAUCUUCUACUUCGCCUUCUCCACGCUCGUCUUCUCGCACAAGGAGAAGCUGGAGAGCAACCUGUCGAGGUUCGUGGUGAUCAUCUGGGUGUUCGUCGUCCUGAUCCUGACGUCGAGCUACACGGCGAGCCUGACGUCGAUGCUGACGGUCCAGAAGCUCCAGCCGGCGGUGACCGACGUGAGAGAGCUCCAGCGGACCGGGGCCUUCAUCGGGUACCAGGAGGGCUCCUUCAUCAAGCAACGACUCCAGAAACUAGGCUUCGACAAGGCCAAGAUGAGGAGCUACAGCACGGCGGAGGGGUACGCCGACGCGCUGUCCAGCGGGCAGGUCGCCGCCGUGUUCGACGAGAUCCCGUACCUGAGGCUCUUCCUGUCGCAGUACUGCGACGGCUACACCAUGUUCGGCCCGGUCUACAAGACCGACGGCUUCGGGUUCGUCUUCCCGAUGGGCAGCCCGCUGACGGCGGACGUGUCGCGCGCGGUCCUGACGCUGGCGGAAGGCGAGGAGAUGGCGCAGAUCGAGAAGAAGUGGUUCGGCGAGCCGGGUAAGUGCCCGAGCCAGGGCGGCGGCGGCGGCGGCGGCACCGACCUCGGCUUCUCCAACCUCAGCUUCCGGAGUUUUGGCGGGCUGUUCCUCAUCACCGGCGUCGUGUCCGGCCUCAUGCUCCUCGUCUACCUCGCCACCUUCGUCUACCGCGGGCGCGGCGAGGUCCGGCCGGAGGAGGAAGGCUCGGGGAGCUCGUCAAUGCGCCGGCUGCGCGCGUGGCUGCGGCACUUCGACCAGAAGGACCUCAAGUGCCCCACGUUCAAGACGGGGAACGGCGACUCCAUCAGGGAUGGGAACCAGACGCAGAGAUGGGUUGAGUUUGAGUCCGUCAGGAAUGGCCGUGGCGGGAACGGGCCGGUGCAGGCGGCGGCCGAGGACGAAGUCAUUGCCAUUGGCAUGAGCCCGCUCAGUUUCAACACCUCCACUCCGUCGGAGACGAUCAACGCCGGUUCGUCGCCGGCGUCAGAGCUCGGUACCUCGUUCGAGCAGAGGAUGCAGGAGGCGCCACAGUCUGCGUCGGUGGACAUGCCAGGAUCAACGGCCCCGUAA